AUCAAAAGAACUUCAUUCUCACUUUUUGCUUCUCCCAAUCCGCGAUCAGUCCCACCUUGCCAGCGUUUCAGUUACGGCACCCGAUCUCCGACCACCGGAAUCCUACCCAGAACUCACCACCAUCAUCUCCGGGGAACCCUUUAUCCUUCUAUCAAGACCAAUAAAAACAGACUGAUAGAAAGAAGUGGUAGAGAAAUGCUACAGAAUUUACCUCACCAGAUUAUACAAUCUCCGGCUAGACUCGGUCUGCCAAACCCGAAUUCACCGUCUCUGCAAACCCCUGCCCCAUCAAAGUUUUCGUCGUCACAAACCUCACAACCACAACCACCUAACCUGCAUCCGAAUUUAUUGACCACACCGACCUCGUUAACACUAUUGCCGCUACUUCCGCCACUAUCUAGAGCUCAGUCUAUCCUUCAAAGGAUGGCGGCGCUUUCAACGAGACUAUUUGAAGUCUCUCCUAAUCACACUCAGUGGUUGGCUAACUUUCGUGGUUCUUUUCCUACGUUUCUCUCGACUCAAAAUGUAUCUUUGACGGAUUCAUCUCCUGCUAACGCGAAAGAGGUUUUAUCACUUUUUACGACCCUUCAGGCGCAACUAUUUGAAGCUGUUACUGAACUUCAAGAAAUUCUUGACCUUCAAGAUGCUAAGCAGAAACUUACCCGCGAGAUUAGAUCUAAAGAUACUGCAAUUCUGGUUUUUGCUAAUAAACUUAAAGAAGCUGAACGGGUUCUGGAUAUGUUGGUUGAUGACUAUUCGGAUUUCCGACGCUUGAAAAGAUCGAAGUUCGAAGAAAGAGAUGAGAGCUCGUCUACCACAACAGUUGCAACUCAGCUAAAUCUGUCUGAUAUAUUGUCGUAUGCACACAGAAUAAGCUACACGACGUUUGCCCCACCGGAGUUUGGUGCAGGCACAGCUCCUCUCCGAGGUGCUCUCCCGCCUGCCCCACAAGAGGAGCAAAUGCGGGCUUCUCAGUUAUACAGCUUUGCUGACCUUGAUGUUGGAUUACCGAAAGAAAACAAGGAGAAAUUUACCAUUGAGCCCUUGGCUGAAAAUCCAACGGAGACGAAUCCAUUUGGUAUGGCAUUUAAGGAUAUGAUUCCUCCAAACAUCGUGGUACCAUCAGGAUGGAAGCCUGGGAUGCCUGUGCCGUUUCUCGCCGAUUUAUCUAUCCUUCCGCCUGCUGGAUGGAAGCCUGGGGACCCAGUUCCUUUACCUCCGUUGGACUCUCUUCCUGGUCCGCCUAGGACUGAGGACCAACAACCUCAACCCAGUCACGUUCCUCCAUUUGCAAAGGGUCCUCAACCUAUACAGGUUCGCCAUGUUCAACUUGAUAUUGAUGAUGACAGUAGUAGUGAAUACAGCAGCGAUGAUACUUCUGAUGACGAAGAUUGAUCACAAGCGAUUUCUAUUAAGGCUUUUGUUAGAAAAAUAUGUUUUAUGUUUACAAGAAUUGUUGCCUUUUGUAACCUGAUCAACUCCUAUUAUGAACCAAGAAUGAUUAUGGUGCUAUCGUUCUGAAAA